GAUGUUUCCGGCCCCGAGUUUACUGCUGAUCCUUCUGCUGUCGCAUGCUCAAUGCGAGGUUCCCGAUGAAGACGACUCCCGGGAUCUGGAGGACACCGAGUAUCCCGACGUAGGUGGCAUUGACGGCCUCAGCCUCAGUGGCCUCCUCAACGACCCGGUGGACCAGUUCGCAGGAAAAGUCAAGAUCAUCAGCCUGCUGGACGCCAUCCCGGUACCAUUUCCCGAGAAGAGUAACCUGGCCUUCGUGGAGGGAGAGGACGGGUUUCCUGCGUACGGCUUCAAAAAGGAACAUGAGGUCAAGCGGCCGUACCGUCUGUUCCUGCCGGAGCGUCUGCCGCGCGAGUUCGCGGUGGCCGUGACGGUGCUGCUGCGCUCGUCGGACGGCGGCUUCCUGUUCGCCGUGCUGAACCCGCUGGAGACGGUGGUGCAGCUGGGGGUGCAGCUGACGCCGGCUGCUGACGGAUACACCAACAUCAGCCUGCUGUAUACCGACUCGGAGGUGCACUUCACCUCUCAGAGACUGGCCACGUUCACCGUGCCCAGCGUGCAGGACGAGUGGACCAAGCUGGCGCUACAGGUGACCGACUCUGAGGUCACCCUCUACCUGAACUGCACCAAGCACUCGUCCGCGUACGCGCCCCGGGUGCCGCUCGAGCUGAUCUUCGACCCUGCCUCGACCCUAUUCAUCGGCCAGGCGGGCGGCAUCAUCGGGGGACAAUUCGAGGGUUCGCUGCAAGACCUGAAGAUCUACGACGACCCGGCGGUGGCGCCUCACCACUGCGAGGCGUUCAAGUUCGAGAUGAUCGGAGCAGGUGUCGUGAGGUGCUCGGGCAAUCUGCGCGCGGCGCGGAUCGCCCGUCGUUUGACCGGGGUGCGGACGGCAGCCGCCAGCAGUGACUGUCUGGUGGCCGGCCCGUCGUUUGACCGCGGGGUGCGGGGCAGCGGCGGCUGUCUGGUGGCCGGCCCGGCGUUUGACCGGGGUGCGGACGGCAGCAGCGGCGGCGCGAUGAUGGAGUGGCUGCCUCGGAGGCGGUCGGACACGCCGGGUCGGGCCGGUAAGACUGAUGGCGCCGACCGACUGAGAGCCCGACGACAGAGGGUGCGCCGCCAGCGGUCUCCGUCGGACGGCUUCAUUCUGUGCCGGGCGCGAGCGGUGGGGGUGUGA